AUGCCUUUAAUAACUUUCACAGGGCUUCCAAGCUCAGGAAAGACUGAGUGGGCCAAAAGGUUGCAAAAUGGUUUACAGGAAAGAAUAGACCGUGCAAAAGAGAUGAAGGAAAUAGGCUGCAACUACUCUGUUACAUAUCAUUCAGAUGAUACGCUAGGAAUUUCACAUUCUGCUUACAUCGAUUCUAAUUCAGAGAAACGUGCAAGAGGAAGUCAAAUGUCUGCCGUGAAAAGAGAUAUAUCCCCAACUAACAUUGUUAUACUCGACUCGUUGGCAUAUAUAAAAGGGUUUCGAUAUCAGUUAUAUUGUGAAGCCAAAGGACUUCAAACACCACAUUGUGUAAUUCAUACACUCACAUCGUUAGAGAAAUGCAUUGAAUGGAACAAUAACCCAGAAAGAGUGAAUAAAUGGAAUGACGAUAUAAUCAGGCAACUUGAUAUGAGAUACGAGGAACCUAACAAUAACUCUAGAUGGGACUCUCCGUUGUAUACGAUUGUUCCCGAAGACGAAAAUGAAAAGCUACAAAUAGAUGACAUAUGGGAUACUAUUGUUAUGAAAAAGGCGCCCCCUCCAAAUGCAGCAACUGUGAUCAAGGCUACUUCAGGCAAUGAUUUCUUACAAGAAUUAGAUAAGCAGACCCAGGAGGUUAUCUCUAAAAUUUUACAGCAUCAGCAAAUAAAUAUAGGUGGUUUCGUCAACAUAGACAAGGAGCAUGACUUGAGAAUUAUGAUGCCUCCAUCUCUGGUUAGUGUUUCCCAACUUCAAAGGAUCAGAAGGACUUUUGUAAGUUUGAAUAGAAUGAGAAACAUAGAUAUUCCCAGGAUAACAGCAUUCUUUGUUGAGUAUGUGAAUAGAAGUUUGAACAUGGAAGAUUGA